GCUACUUGCCCGACGCCAGCUACCAAGGCAAGGGGCUCUGGUACUCCUAUGUCACCUGUGGAGGCAAAGACUACUGGAUGGAUGCAGAGACCAAGAAGCAGAAGCAGGAGGCCAGUGGCAUUUGCGAGAAGAAAGUCGAGGAGAAGAAGUGGGGCAAGGAGAAGUGCCGCUGCGUUGGCUACGAUGGGACUCCGGGCACCGUCAACGUCACCAUUGAUAAGAAGGAGCUCAAGUAUCCUGCGGACACCGGGGCCACCUGCGAGUCAUGGGAUGCCAAGAGGCACCCGGAUUGCGUCGGUGACAAGCCCGCGGAUUGGUGCAGGCAAGAGUGGUGCUACGUUGACCCUUGCGAGUGCGAUUUGGACGUGCCCCCCAAGACCUCGUCCUACUUGCCGUCCGGCAUGGUGAACAGCAAGCCCGUCUACUUCUCCUACGCCACCUGCGGAACCAGCGACUCCUUCUCCGCGACGAAUAAGGAGUCCUGCGUUUUCCAGAAAUCGCAGGACAACUGCACCAAGCUGGAGAAGUGCGCAUGGGAUGGUAAGGCUUGUCUCGGCAAGGACAUCGUGAAGACCUGUUCAGCACACAGCGGCGCAGGCGCCCUGAAGGCCACCCUCGCUGUGGCUAUGACCUUCGCUGCCGCCGUGAUGGGACUUUAG